CCCUCCAAAUCAACCAACCAAACAACCGCCAAAAUGAUGCGAACACGCAUGCUCUCCAAAGACGAAGAAGCCACCGCCGCCGGCGGGGAAGAGAACGAGGUGCGCCGUGAAGACCAAGAGAAAAUCAACCGCUUCAGUCGGCUGCAUCAGCGGGAGUCGGUCUUGGAGGAGCUGCUCCAGGGGAAGAAUAAAGACAAAGAAGACCUCGAAGAAGUCUCCAUGGAGCUAGAACUCGCCGACGAAGAUGAACUCGUCCCGUACAAAAUCGGCGACACCUUCUUCCAACUCCCCCUAGCAGAAGCACAGUCCCUCCUGUCCACAUCAACAGAGACCAUCGACAGCGAGGUCGCCAAGAUGGAGGAGAGUCUGGGCGAGGUGCGCGACGAACUGCAGCAGUUGAAGGUCGCGCUGUAUGCGCGGUUUGGGAGGAGUAUUAAUUUGGAGGUCUAGUUUGAUCCUGGGGUGUAUCACUUUGUCAAUAGGAUGGUGUAAGUAAAUAAAUA